ACACCAAGUAAACAACAUGAAUAACACCUUACACACAAUGACUGUAACACAACGUAAAUAACACCGUACACACAAUGACUGUAACACAACGUGAAUAACACUGUACACACAAUGACUGUAACACAACAUGAAUAACACCGUACACACAAUGACUGUAACACAACGUGAAUAACACCGUACACACAAUGACUGCAACACAACGUAAAUAACACCGUACACACAAUGACCGCAACACAACGUGAAGACAUUGCAUGUACAGUAUACCUUCACACUGUUGUUUCUGUGUGUCUGUCUUGUCCAGGUUGUUUAUGGAGAUCCUGAACAGCUGUGUAGACUGUGAUGAGAUCCAGUUUAAGGAGGAUGGCUACUGGGCCCCCAUGAGGACAAAGAAGGAAGUACAGGAGGUCUCGUCAGCGUCCUACAGCAACGGACUGGAAGGCUUGCACCGGUCGGCGGUAGGGGAGCAGAGGAGCUCGUCGUCCCACAACGGGGGCAGUAGUAGGAUGAAGGUGGAGGUGAUCGACCUGACCCUGGACAGCUCCUCAGAGGGACGACAAUCAAAAAGAUGA